AUGGAGGAUCACCAGCCACCAAUUAAAGAAGAGAGAACAACUCCCAGUCCUCUUCUUCUACAGGAUGAGAGAUGUCCCAGUUUUCUUCUACAGGAUGGUUCAGAAGAACAUCAAAGCAUUCCAUAUGAUGAUCAGAUAGAUGGAAAUAAGCUUUUAAAUCUGGGUAAAGAUCUGACCAAUAUUAAGGCUGAAGAUACAUAUGUGAGGGUGAUCAUAGAGGACAUUCCCACCGAUAACCACCCAGAUGACUGUACCAGGAGCUCAGAGAAAGAUUUUAGAACAGAUGAUUGUGGUGUCGCAGAAGAUACACAUGAAGAGCAUGCCAUUAUCUCAGAUGUAUCCUCAGCUUUUCACUGCAAAGAUCUAUCAUCAGAUCCUUUGGAUGGAUUUCAAUCUUAUGAUUCCUCACAGACUGUUAAGCAAAAUAAAAGCAAUCAUCAAAGAAGUCACACAAGGGAGAAUGCUCUUUCAUGCUCAGAAUGUUGGAAAUUUUGUAAAUCUAAAUCAGAUCUUAUUAGACAUCAGAGAACUCACACAGGGGAGAAGCCAUUUUCAUGUUCAGAAUGUGGGAAAUGUUUUAUUGAUAAAUCAAGUCUUGUUAUACAUGAGAGAAAUCACACAGGGGGGAAGCCAUUUUCUUGUUUACAAUGUGGGAAAUCUUAUCAAAAGAAAUCAUGUCUUGUUAUACAUGAGAGAAGUCACACAGGGGAGAAGCCAUUUUCUUGUUUAGAAUGUGGGAAAUCUUUUAUAAAUAAAUCAAAUCUAGUUGCACAUCAGAGAAUUCACACGGGGGAAAAGCCGUUUUCUUGUUUAGAAUGUGGGAAAUGUUUUACUGAUAAAUCAACUCUUGUUAAACAUCAGAGGAUUCACACAGGGGAGAAGCCAUUUUCAUGCUCAGAAUGUGGGAAAUGUUUUCAGCAGAAAUCAAAUCUUCUUAACCAUCAGAGAAUUCACACAGGGACGAAGCCAUUUUCUUGUUCAGAAUGUGGGAAAUCUUACACACAGAAAUCAUAUCUUGUUAUACAUGAGAGAAGUCACACAGGGGAGAAGCCAUUUUCUUGUUUAGAAUGUGGGAAAUCUUUUAUAAAUAAAUCAAGUCUAAUUGCACAUCAGAGAAUUCACACAGGGGAGAAGCCGUUUUCUUGUUUAGAAUGUGCGAAAUGUUUUGCUGAUAAAUCAACUCUUGUUAUACAUGAAAGAAGUCACACAGGGGAGAAGCCAUUUUCUUGUUUAGAAUGUGGGAAAUGUUUUACUGAUAAAUCAAGUCUUGUUAUACAUGAGAGAAGUCACACAGGGGAGAAGCCAUUUUCUUGUUUAGAAUGUGGGAAAUCUUUCAUAAAUAAAUCAAGUCUAAUUGCACAUCAGAGAAUUCACACAGGGGAGAAGCCAUUUUCUUGUUUAGAAUGUGGGAAAGCUUUCAUAAAUAAAUCAACUCUGGUUACACAUCAUAAAAUUCACACAGGGGAGAAGCCAGUUUCUUGUUUAGAAUGUGGGAAAUCGUUCAUAAAUAAAUCAACUCUUGUUAGACAUCAGAGAAUUCACACA